UACUUUGAGUCCUUUAACAAUAAGAUGGACUAUCACCCAGCAUUGAAUGCUUUGAAGGAAUCAUGGGGUAUGUGGCUGAUACUUCACACAGAGCAGAUUAACAUUGAGAAUGACCUCAAUAAAUUAAACAAAAACCUCCUCCAGCACUUGCAGGAUACAAGCAACAAACUUUUACAAGGUCAGAGUGAAAACUUUUAUGAUCAUGUUCAGGUGGCUUUAGGAAGAACUGCCUUGCACUUUCUAAACAAAAACAAGAAUGACUAUGGAGCAAAAGGGUACUGGGAAAAAGCCUCUGAUUCAGACACCUACUACAGAGCUGCUGCACUGUACAACCAGGCCUACAUCACCAUUAACCUGGCCAAGGAGGGCUACAAAAAUGAGGCCCGUUCCUUACUAGAGCAGGCAGAGAAAGCCAUAGAUGUUUACGUAUCAGAAAUUAUCAAUACACUAUACUUCUCUGCUUUGUCUGUUACUCGAGAUUUUGAUCCACACCACAGUGGCAGCUGUAACUUCCAUUUACAAAUGCAGGCAAGGAUGAACAUAUUAAACUCAUGGAAGCAAAACAUCACAAAAAUAUGUGACCUGCUUAAAUCAGACAAAGGAGAUUUCAAAACUGUAGAUUUGACUCUUUACAGCUUAUCAACUGAGGAGGAUUUUGUGUCUUCCAGUGAACUUAAUGUCUUUCGUAAUUAUGGCCUUGCACUUGUGUUUGAAGUGAAGAAAAAGCCCCAGUUCUCAUUUGAUGCUCUGAUUUGUUGUUUUCUGGGUUUGGCUCAGGUUGUAGCAGGAGUUUUGGUAUGCGCCCUGUCAGCUGGUUCCCUGUCCUCAUUUGGUCUUGGUUUGAUUUCUGAAGGUGUGUCUGACAUGAUCAGUGGAGUCAUGGGUAUGAUUAAUGGCACAUUUGAUUGGGCAUCAUGGGCAAUAUCUAAAGCAAUCAGUUUAGGAAUGUCUUUGGUCUGUGGGGGCUUCAGUGUUUUCAAAAGAUCAUUCUCUUCUGUGAAAAAUGCAGCAAAUAAUAUCUUAAAUGGCACUAAAUCACUAAAAACCAUUGCAUCGAGUGCCAUCCAAUCAGGAAAAAUCUUGUCCUCUGGUACAACAGUCAAGUUUGUAUCGACAUUUUGCCCAAAGGACAUUACGGCAAAGAUGGUCAAAUCAAACUUAAAACAAGCAUGUGCAUAUGCUGUUCAGGAAUUAGCUAUUAAGGGUGUAAACACUGCUUUAAACAAUGUUGAUGCAACAGUUCAAAAGACUUUCAAACAAGGAUUUCACCUUACUUUCAAAAAAUCUAUCUGUACAGCACUGAACCAGAAUAAACAGUUUGUCUGUGUACUCUCAGAUUUCAUUAGUUCGGGAAUCCCAAAGGCUGCCUUGGAAAAGAAAAAUGGAUAUAAGAUAAGCAAAAACUUAGAGAAGCAGUUUAGAGACUAUGUUGAUCAGAAAACAAAACAUGGUAUCAAUGGACUUUAUCAAACUGUAACCAAAUCCAAAAGAACAUUCAUGUUCUGUCCACUGUGUGGGACAUGGGAGCAGAGAUUGUUGCACAUGAACCUUAUACAUGCAUCAAGAAGCUUCUCACUACUGCAAGCAAGUCCAAAACUAUUUCUAAACUGUUUUCCUCCAUUCCUACUAAACAGACCAUUGACUGUAAUUUUGUUCCUACAUUUCUGAAGUCCAUGAAGGAGGAUCCAUUACUUAGGACAUAUGACAAUGAUGGACGGGACAAACUGGAAGAUGUGAACCGUCUUAAAGAUGAACUCAUUGACUUAGUUUCAGAUGUUCUUUCCCAGUCCAUGGUGGAUAGUUUUUCUGGGUUUGCCACGUCCAUGUUAACAAAAACCUUUACUCACAAACUAAACUCAGUUACUGGAAAUGUAGUUGGUAAUAUGCUGGGAAGACAUGAAACUCAAAGUUUCUUUGUAAAUCAGCAGCAUCAUUAUGAUCUGAAAUCAGCCUCUAAAUGUAAGGAAAAGCCUUUGUCUAAGAAACAACUAAAUGAGCUCAGUUGCUAUGCUAACAACUUAAUUGAUAAGCAAAACCCUGCCACAGCUUUAGACGUUCAUGUUCUCACUAAGAGUAAUUUACUAAAAGGAAAAGGAAUCUGUAUAACAGUAGUAGAUGAUCAAGGAAAACUUCUCACAGAGGAGACUUACAAAGGAACAGACCCAACAGCUGGUACUAUCAACCUCAGGCUCACGAAAACAUCUCUGACUUCUCCAGGAAUUGAAGGAAUGUUUAAUAUACUGAAAAACAUCAUCAAGUCCGAAGACAUUCAACUAAGUAGCAACAAUGAUAAUAUACAUCCUGAUGGAUCACGAGAGACUGCAAAGUCCUCAAAACAAAACUGUCUUUUUCAUGCUGUCAUCCAAGCAACAACUAAUGGCCCAGGUCAUGUUGUGCUACAAAAAGCCCAGGAGCUCCGUAGGAAAGUCAGUGAAGAGAUCCUAUCAAGACCACGCGAGUAUGCAGAUGCUGUGAAGAUCCAGAACAUGUUCAACAUGACAAACAGUUCAAAUAAGUUUCAAAUCCAAACUGGAGUGAGAGAAUGUGAUAUAGAGCAGUACACUAACUACACUAAAGACAAGACACCCAAACAAAUUAUUGAUGAGUACAAACUUGGAAAAGUUGGAGACCACAAGUGCCUUUUAGACAUGAAGAAGCCCACAGCAAGAGUGGUGGAGGUGCAGCACAUUCCUUGAAAAGCACAUGGGCUGCAGUCUUUCACCUCAUCGAAACAAACCCAGAGAUUUCUUCUUCACCAGACACAAGAAACAAAGAUGCUUUCUACCUAAUGAUGAAAAUGAAACAGGACCCGAAUGAAACCAUGCAGCUUUGCAUGAACACGCUGUACUUCGACCACCAUCGUGCUCUGAGCAGCAGGAACAGUGCUGAGUCCAGAGCAUGCAGACAUUUCCUGACCAGCACUUUUUUAAGUGGAGACACAGAAAAAGCACUGAAGAUCUCCUUUAUGAUGGCCCAUCCUCAGUGCUCAGACCACAUCAGGAAUGAUCUUGGUAUCACUCAUCAGUUCAGGAACUGCGACUCUGGACUUGGAGCGGUGGACAGGAACGCCUACUACAAGAGAGGAUUUAAGGAUAUGGUGAAAAAGUACAGCAAAUGGGAUCUGAUUAACCAGGACCAAACCAUCCGACUGAUCAACUGGGUGCAGAAAGAUUUGUAUCUGGACACAUCUACAGUGGAGUAUAACGAAAUAAUGAAUGCGAUAAAAGACGCGAAGAAGAAAUAAAACAAAAGCCGAAUGAAAUCAGAACUUAUCCAUGGAGAUAAAUAGAUAUUUAUUUAUGCAGAUUUGACUGAAAGCUAAGCAUCUCUUUUACCUUAAAGGAUUGUGACUUGAUUUUGGUUUUUAAAUGACUAAUAUAAAUUAUUUAAAAUCAAAAGUCAUUUUACAUUUAGUAUUAUCCUGAGUAACUUACAACUGAGCAGUUGAAGGUUAAGGGCCCUGCUCAAGGGCCCAGCAGUGGCAGCUUGGUGGUGCUGGGAUUUAAAAAUGGUGAACAACUGAGUUUACUGUAAUUAUUAAUCAUACUUAAAGAUUAUUUUUGUAUUCCACCUGAAAAGUGUUGAUCAUAAAACAAUGUUGUAACUGUGACAUUUAUCCAGAUGUGGAAAGUAACGAAUUACAUUUACUCCUGUUCCUGUACAAUCUGUCCUUUUACUUUAGUAUGUUUUGUUUAAGGUGUUGUACAUUUUAAAUCGUAUCUGUUACUGAGUAAAAAAAACAAAUAAAAAGAAUGCAAAGUGGAAAAAAAAAA